AUGUUCAUACACGAAGAAUCAGCAAACCACAAAGACAAAGAGAAGAAGUCUAGGUGGAAGAUCUUCUCCUCAAAGGACAAAGAAAAGCACAGCAGCCUAGAGCCUCCGGUACCCGAUGUGGAGGCAAACUCGGGGGACUCUACCUAUGGCAGCAGCGAGCCCAACAACUCGCUCACCACAGAGGCCGAGACGAGUGCUCCGAGGAGUACCAACAACACCAACGCGGAGAUCCAGAACCCCUCAUCGUAUACCAGUCCCACCAUUAGACGAGAGACUCACACGAAUCCCAACACUGGGCAAACGACAACCACGACUACAACCACUACGACAACCACUACGACGGUGAGCAAUGCUAAUGGGACUGUGUCUACGAUCGAGGAGCCUCGCCCGCCCUCCGAGCUGCCGACAGUAAGCAACCAGGACUUGCCACGCACAGCCACCCCCAAACAGCCAGACCAGCAGCCAGACCAGCAGCCAACGUCUCAAGACCAAACGAUGUUGACGCCAACGAGCCGACGGCCAAGCGUCGAGACACCAGGGCGUCGAGUUAUUCCACCUCGCGAGCCGAUUCCCGUGCCGAGCCCAAUUGAGAACACCCCGAUCAUACCAGAACGUGAUGCAAGAAGAAAGUCCUCCGAGGUCCAACCAAACAACACCGAGGGACUCUACCCGGCUCCCCUCAGCAGCCCUAGAUCCUCCGUCAACUUUUCCCACCCAUCACCAAAGUCGACGAUACAGAACCUCAAAUGUGCAGCUGCCGGUAUCCAUGGCGCCGGUGAGACCCUCCGUGGAACACUCAACUCGACCGUCGACAAGCACUUUGGUUCAAACCCACAAGCCAUGGAAAAGGACCAGGCCGCCAUCGAUAAAGGACGGUACGAGGUUGAGAACAUGAGGUUCUUUCGCCCAAACGAAUACUGGCAGCAGGACCAUGAAAGUCGGCCAUACACGAAUGAAGCACCAUACGUACAGGGUCCUCACAACGAACCACCUAUUGCUAUAAGCUCAAGCACAGUAGACAUGGGGGAUCAAUCACACCGCGGCAAGUUGGCCAGUUUCUUCAAAGGGUCGAGCUAUUCUUCUGGUCAACCUGCUAUGAACAACCCCUCAAAGUCACCUCCACCUGAGAGAGCAAGGCUUAAGAAGAGGAGUAGCUCGAGAUUGGCCCAUGCCAGGCUGGGUGCUGUUGGUGAAUAG